CAUCGAUACAUUUUGCGAGCUCUAUUAAUGCAGAUCAAAAAAGCCGGAUAAUAUAAUUUUCGCGUUUCUCGAAUUGCAAAACACAGCUAAAAGAUAAGUUCUGGUCCUGGUCUGGAUCUGUUAACGGUUAAAAUUCUGAUAUUGAAGUGAACCCGAAAUAAUGGCCAACGUGGAAUCGAUGAUUGUUGAGGAUAAACCGCAAAUCAAACAAAUCGACCGAGAAAAGACAUGCCCUCUUUUGCUUCGAGUAUUUUGUUCUACUGGACGUCACCAUUCGGUGUCAGAAUAUAUGUACGGCAAUGUUCCCACUAAUGAGCUGCAAAUUUACACAUGGAUGGAUGCGUCCCUUCAUGAACUGACUUCCUUAGUGCGCGAUGUUAAUCCCGAUACCCGUAAGAAGGGCACGUACUUCGACUUUGCUGUAGUUUAUCCUAAUUUUCGGAAUAACCAUUUCCAAAUGCGCGAAAUCGGAGUAACAUGUACCGGACAAAAAGGUGCUGACGACAAUAAGACACUAGCCCAGGCAAAGUUUUGUAUCGGCGACUUUCUAGAUAUUUCCAUUACGCCGCCUAAUCGACUUCCGCCUAUCAGACGUCAAAGGCCAUACUAAUUUCCAAGCAUAAUUUCCUUUCGUCGUACAAACCUUCAUUGUGGGCUAUCACCAUCUUUUAGAAAUAAUUAGCCUUUAAGCAAUUCUUUUAAUGUACGUUCAUCAUCUCAUUGAAUUCAUUGUUGAGGUCACUUUCAACAAACGAAUACACGACAUGAAUGGUAAGACUUUGUAUGUUUUAAAUAAACUCUAACAUUUACAAAAUAUAA